AUGCAUUUACGGGUGCAGCAGCAGGGAAACUGCGUGACUUGGCUCCCGGCGGAAAGUACUUUCUUCUCCCCCCUGGGGUCGCUCCCGCAGCAGCAGCAGCAGCAGCAGACGCAAACGCAACUGCACCUGCAGCAGCAGCAACAGCAGCAGCAACAGCAGCAGCAGCAGCAAACGCAACUGCAACUGCAGCAGUGUAGCAGCAGGACCCUCUCGGAUGUCGACAUUUGCUUAUGUGGCUUUGCUCCUUCGCGAGUUGCUCUUCACAAGGAGCUUCCAGCGCAGCAGCAGCAGCGGAAAAAGUUGCAGCACCCGCUACCCCUGCCAGUUGCUGAGUGGCCAGUCGCUAACGGACCAGAAGCGCAGCAAAGCCUCACGGUGCAGUUUCUUCUGCAGAAGGUGCAGCAGCAGGAGCUUGUGAUCCAGCAGCAGGAGCGGCAGCAACAGGAGCUGCAGCGCCAAGUCGCUUUGCUGCAGCAAAGGGCACGGCUAGAGGCGCAUCACCUCGACACACCCCAGCAGCAGCAGCCUCUAAAGGGGCCUGUUGACGAGCCGCCUCCGUUAGAAGUCGCCUCUCCUAGCGACAGCCGGCAGCAGCGGCGGAACCAGCAAGACCAUGCGUCUCCGAGGAGUGUACUUACAGACUCGAUCGAGGAGGCUCCCUCGAGAGGUGCAUCCAGGGGUGCCUCGUUUCCUCGGCACCCCACCUGCAGCAUUUACGAUCUGGGAGACGAGGGAGCUCCCCUCCAGCUGCAGUCUCUCACGGGAACCUCUCAGGAGGAGUGGCUGCAGCUCACUGGACGCUGCGGCAGUCCCUCCAACAGCUCCCCCGUUCGCGCUGCUGGCGACUCCGCGUCGAAAGACUCCUCUGAAGGUGUCUCGCUGAGUCAGGAUGACGGAGGAGAUGACGCCGAGGAGAGUCCAGGGGAAUAUCAGGAUGCGCAGGAGGGGCCUGCCUCCCCUGAAGACACGCUGAAGACUGCACAAGCAGGAACAGAGCCGCAAGCAGAGCCGGAGACUCCAGACCGGAGACUCUCCUCCGCGCGCAGUCCUGCGUCAACUUUCGAGGUACGGCAUUCUCCUGCUGGAGCUGUUGCUGCUGGCGUGCAUGCCCUGAUGCAUGCUUCAAGGGGGGCCGCUGCGGCUGCUGCUCUCUCUGCGUUGGCUUUCGCGGAGGCUCCGUGUGCUGCUGGUCGUUCAGGAGCUCGCAGUUUCCAAAAGAUCGAAAGCAGGCAGUUCCGUCGCUGUUCAGCUGCUGGCGCUGGGGGUGUCUUGUGA